AUUUAUGCUUUCAUUUGAAAAUGUAAAUAAUACAAGCGAUGAAAAUGAUCACAGCUUUAUUGUUAAUGAGAAUAACCUAUCAAAUCCAGACGAUUUAAUAUUAAUAUUAUCAAGUAAGAGCUGUACUGAAACUAGUAAAACUCUAUUGACUCCAGAAUCCAAAGAACUAAAUGAAACACCCUGUUUGUCCAUGCAUGAACAUAACAAGCCCGAAUGUUUAUUAAACCAAAAUGAUCACAGAUUCACUGUUAAUAAAGAUAAUCUAACAAAUCCAGACAAUCUUAUAUUACUAAAUAACAGCAGCACAGAAACGAGUAAAACUCUAUUGUCUACAGAAUCGGAAGAAAUAAAUGAUACACCACGUUUGCCAAUGGUUGAACAUAACAGUCUUCCUAAACAAAGUAUUGUUCCUGAAAAUGAUCCUGCCAAUUGGAUAAAAAAUCAAGAAACGAUAGAUAGAUGAACUUUAAUGACAUUAUAAAUACAUUUGCAAAACAAAACUCACAUAGAAAAUUAUAAUUUUCUAUAGUGAUUAAUAUAACUUAAUAUAUGUUGG